CACCAUGCCUGCCAUAUUCGCUGAGCUCGGCAUAACCUGGACGACGGUCGCGCUGGUCGGCGCGACCGCCGCGUCGUCGUACGCGACCUUCGCCAACGUCGGCCUGGCGCAGUUCGGCAUCGUGCCCUUCCUAACCGGCAAGGUCGGCGCGCUACGACUCAGCCCCGCAGACAAGGUCGGCGCAUGGAAGGCGUACUUCCACGCCGGGGCGGCUUGGACGCUCGGCGCGCAGGCGCUCGCGGCCGCGCUUGACGCGUACGCUGUCGUCUCAGCUUCCGGCCUCGUGCGGACGCUUGCCGCGCACGCGGGGGUGCUCAGCCUUGCGACCGUGCCCCUCACCCUGGCGUUCAUCCACCCCGUCAAUGUCGAGCUCCUCGCCCUCGCGGACGAAGGGGACAAGCUGAGCGCGGAGCAGGGCCAGCAGGUUGAAACCUUGCUCGGCAAGUGGCAGCGCCGGAAUGCAUGGCGCCACGGCGCCGUGUCGCUCCUUGGCUGGGCGUUUGGCAUUGCGGCGCUCGUCCUGGAUGCGCGGGCGUAGGCGUUGCCGCGCUGUCCGUCUCCAAAAGUUUCAGCAGAUGCACCCUGUUGUCCACCACCGCAUCUGGUGGUAUCGCCUAUGCACUACGUGCCUUGAGAAUUGGUACCACGCAAGCUGGAUGCGUGGAUGCUUGCGGCAGGUGAAGACGUCGUUGUGUCAAGGUUCAUGACGUCGUCAACCCACACGACACCCCGGGAACGUGGCAUCACCACCGGGAACAUGGCGGCCCGCGCAAGCGGCACAGGGCGGAGAGGCACAACAUCCGAGUCUGGAG